GCUGCGGUCUCUGUAGCUGGUACCUCAGCCGCCGCCGCCGUCGCUGCGGAACUCUACGAGUAGAACGGCCGAGGCGGCCCGGGCGGGCCCGGCUUCCGGCCACCCGACAGAAUGGAGAUAAUCAGGAGCAAUUUUAAGAGUAAUCUUCACAAAGUGUACCAGGCCAUAGAGGAGGCGGACUUCUUUGCCAUCGAUGGGGAGUUUUCAGGAAUCAGUGAUGGACCUUCAGUCACCACAUUAACAAAUGGUUUUGACACUCCAGAGGAGAGGUAUCAGAAGCUCAAAAAGCAUUCCAUGGACUUUUUGCUGUUUCAGUUUGGCCUUUGCGCUUUUAAGUAUGACUGCGUACAUUCAAAGUAUAUAAUAAAGUCAUUUAACUUCUAUGUUUUCCCGAAACCCUUCAAUAGAUCCUCACCAGAUGUCAAAUUUGUUUGUCAGAGCUCAAGCAUUGACUUUCUAGCAAGCCAAGGAUUUGAUUUCAAUAAAGUUUUCCGAAAUGGAAUUCCAUAUUUAAAUCAGGAAGAAGAAAGACAGUUAAGAGAGCAGUAUGAUGAAAAACGUUUACAGUCCAAUGGUGCAGGAUCUCUCUCAUAUGUGUCUCCUAACACAUCAAAGUGUCCUGUGACGAUUCCUGAGGAUCAGAAGAAGUUUAUUGACCAAGUGGUAGAGAAAAUAGAAGAUUUGUUACAGAGUGAAGAAAAUAAGAACUUGGACUUAGACCCAUGCACGGGGUUCCAAAGAAAACUAAUUUAUCAAACUUUGAACUGGAAAUACCCCAAAGGCAUUCACGUUGAGACUUUAGAAACUGAAAAGAAAGAGCGAUACAUAGUUGUCAGCAAAGUAGAUGAAGAAGAACGCAAAAGAAGAGAGCAGCAGAAACAUGCUAAAGAACAGGAAGAACUGAAUGAUGCUGUGGGAUUUUCCAGAGUCAUUCAUGCCAUUGCUAAUUCGGGAAAACUUAUUAUUGGACACAAUAUGCUCUUGGAUAUUAUGCACACAGUUCAUCAGUUCUGCUGUCCUCUGCCUGAGGACUUAAAUGAAUUUAAGGAGAUGACAACAUCUGUUUUCCCCAAGCUCUUGGAUACUAAAUUGAUGGCCAGCACACAACCUUUUAAGGAUAUCAUUAAUAACACAUCCCUUGCAGAAUUGGAAAAGCGGUUAAAAGAGACACCUUUCAACCCUCCUAAAGUUGAAAGUGCAGAAGGUUUUCCAAGUUAUGACACGGCUUCUGAACAGCUCCAUGAGGCAGGCUAUGAUGCUUAUAUCACAGGACUGUGUUUCAUCUCCAUGACAAAUUACCUAGGUUCUUUUCUUAGUCCUCCAAAAAAUCAUGUGUCUGCCAGAUCAAAACUCAUUGAACCUUUUAUCAACAAGUUAUUUCUUAUGAGAGUCAUGGAUAUUCCCUAUCUAAACUUGGAAGGACCAGACUUACAACCUAAACGUGAUCAUGUUCUCCAUGUGACAUUCCCCAAAGAAUGGAAAACCAGUGACCUUUACCAGCUUUUUAGUGCCUUUGGAAACAUUCAGGUAUCAUGGAUUGAUGACACGUCAGCAUUUGUUUCUCUCAGUCAGCCUGAGCAAGUACAAAUUGCUGUCAAUACCAGCAAAUACGCAGAAAGCUAUCGGAUUCAGACUUAUGCUGAAUAUGUGGGGAAAAAACAUGAGGAGAAGCAGAUCAAGAGAAAGUGGCCAGAAGAUAGUUGGAAGGAGAUUGAGAGAAAGCGGUUAAAUCAGUGUAUAUCCUGUGCUCUGCAGAAUCACUAUUACUGCACCAAUAGUCCUACAGCUACCAGCACAGGAAGAAAGAGAAAGCUGAGCCUCAGUCAAGCAGAAGCUGGCUCGGAGGCGAGAGAGACUUCUGACCUUGAGUUUGAGCAGACAGAUUCCUGUGCCGAACCCCCCACUGAGGGAAGGAAAAAGACCAAGAAAUUUAAAAAAAUGAAGAAGGACCUUUCUCCAGCAGGAAGCAUCUCGGACAGCUCUGCCAAGCUCUUUGAAGUUCCCGACACGUGGUAGCCGAGGCCUGAGUGAGACAAGUCGCGGGUGCUGUCGCUGGGAAAGAACCAGCGGACGUUGGAAGCCAUACCCUGUUCAAUAAGUGCGGUGUGGGAGGGAUUGAAAACGGCGUGUCCUGGAAAAAGCUCAGCUUUUGUUUUUGUGGCUGUGCAUUUUUCCUUCCUUUCGAUUGUAAACUGUCUGCUGACACUCAGCACGGCUGUAGGCUGUAGGGUGUACAUUAUUGACCAGUUAUUUGUUGCUCAUGUGAAGCCUUCCCUGUGAUGAAUUAGCGUGUGUAAGACUCCACCUGACGGGGGUGUCGGCUGUGAAAUAUGCAGAAAGAGCUGACACUCUUGGGGGCUGUGAUGACGAGUUUGGGGUUGAACUCCUUCCUGCUUCAAGGGGUUUCCUUGUCUCCUCAUGCUCGGAUUCCUAGCACAUGGUUACCGUCUCCUAGUGGGGAAAUCGGUUAUGUCUGUCUGCUUCCCACCUUAGCUGCCUGAAAAUAUGAAGCUUUCAAGCUUAUCUUUCCAGUAGAAAAAUCUCUACCGACAAAGGAGCUUCCCAUAUGCCUUGGCCUUGGGCAUAUUUAUUUAGAGUUAUUUUUUCCUACGAUGUGAGUUUCUUGCGCGGGGAGAAGUAAAAAGUUAACUUCUGUUUUUACAUGUAGUGCUCUGUUCACUUGUCGGUGUGGUUGUCUCUGUGUGUGGGUGGCUGUCCCGGAAGAAGGUGGUAUGUGUGCAUACCUGUGCGUGCCUGUGUGAAAUCAUGGCAAAGCUACGUGUACCCGCCCUUCCUCUGUCGAAGCAGAUCACAACGGAGACGGAAUUUCGUGGAUCUACUUCAAUAGAGCUGCUUCAUAGAGAUCAUUGUUAGAUAUAUAACAUUUUUGUAUCACAGAAAUAAAAAUGAAAAAUGUAUUUCCAAAAGGUGAAAAUUAAAGACAUUUUCAUAGGA